AUGUCCUGGGGAAAUCGCUCAGUGUGGAUGGAAUUCGUGUUCCUGGCCUAUCCCUCCAAGUCAGAGCCGCGCGCCUUGGCCUUCCUUGGGGCCAGCCUGGUUUAUACAUGGGUCAUCACCGGGAAUGUCCUCAUCAUGGUGGCCGUCCAGGCCGAAGCCCGCCUCCACACGCCCAUGUACUAUUUCCUGGGCAGCCUCUCGGGAGUGGAGAUCGGCCACACGGCUGCGGUGGUGCCCCAUCUCCAGGCCAACACCCUGCGGGCGGAGAAGACCAUCACCCUGCUGGGCUGCGCCGCUCAGAGCUUCUUCAUCGGACUGGGCGGCGCCGACUGCCUCCUCUUGGCCUCCACGGCCUACGACCGCCACGCUGCCAUCUGCCGCCCCCUGCAGUACCCUCUCAUCAUGCCCGGGAGGCUCUGCGCCCGCUUGGUGGCGGCCUCCGUGGUCCUCGGCCUCUGCCUGUCCUUCCAGCUGGCGGCCUCUGUCGUCUCUCUGCCCUUCUGCCCAGCUCGGGGCAUUCAGCACUUUUACUGCGACGUGCCCCCCGUGAUGCGUCUCGUUUGCGCCCAGAGCCACAGGCAUGAACAGUCGGUGCUGGUGGCGGCCACACUGGCCAUCGCGGGGCCUCUCCUCCUGAUCGCCGCCUCCCACGCCUCCAUGGCGGCCGCAGUGCUCUGGACCCCCUCGGCCGCGGGCCGCCGCCGGGCCUUCUCCACCUGCUCCUCCCACCUCGCGGUGAUCCUGCUGCAGGACGGCUGCUGCGCCUUCGUGUACCUGCGGCCCGGCUCCAGCUACCGCCCCGAGCAGGAUCAGUGCGUCUGCCUGGUGUACGCGCUGGGCACGCCACUGCUGAACCCGCUUGUCUACACCCUGAGGAACAGCGAGAUGAAAGGGGCCAUAGCCAGAGUCCUUCCCAGGAAUUGCCUCCCCCAGAAAAGCUAG